AUGCAACCGGUUUGGGAUUAUAUACAUUCAUUUCCACCGGAAGAAAUCGCAAGGAAGGCGGAUGAUUUAAAUCGCAGCGAUAUUGUUGUAAUGGGUAAGGCUAUCAACGGAGCAACCCUGGGUGCUUCCGGCGCUGUAUUCGGUUGCCUGGCUGCGUUUGGUUAUCUAUUCCCCAAUAGCCUGAUAUACGUUUAUUUCCUUAUACCCGUUAAGGCAAAAUGGUUUGUGAUUCUUUAUGGUGCGUUGGAACUUUCAUUGGCCAUUCGGAAUUCCGCGGCCAUUGCACUUUUGCUCGGUUGGAAAGGUAUCAGCGUUUUUUUCGGAAUGCAUAUGCCUGCCAGUUUCACUGCACAAAAAGCAAAAGGUUCCAUACGUAUCGCCACCUGGAAUGUUGCCAGGUUCAUCGAAAUGAAACGCAACAAUAAUAAAGGAAGCCAGGUCAGGCUGAAGAUGAUGGAACUGAUCAAACAACAGGAUGCAGAUAUCUUUUGCAUGCAGGAAUUUUUCCAUUCCAACGAUUCGGCGUGGUACCCUAAUAUCCAGUAUAUCCGUAACAACCUUGGCUAUCCUUAUUUUAUCUAUUCGCAUGAUAAUGAUGGAGACAAUCACUUUAUCGGGAACAUUAUUUUCUCCCGUUACCCGAUCGUUGACAGCGGGAUGAUUCGAUAUCCCCGGCCAACGCUACCGGAAUCACUCAUGCACGCGGACAUCGAAGCGGAGGGUGAUACCAUCCGUGUAUAUACGACGCACCUGCAAUCGUUGCAGUUUCAGAAAAGCGACUAUGAAAAAAUCGACAAGAUCAAAGAGGGUGAUGACGGGAUG